UGUUGCGAUGGGCUUAAAUUUGACCAGCACCUUAGAAAGAGGCACGGGAGGAUGCGCAGGGAGCCUGAGAGAUUGCGGUCAGGGCGUUAUUGCCUCACGGUGACGAAGAAAGAAGGAAACAACGAACUGUUUUCCCAGAAACCUAGUUAGCUAACCUAGCUACGAGUUCUUUUAUGGUUAUACUUUCAGGGAUGAAUUAACUUGCGUUCAUCUUACAUCGUUUGUAGCACUUUGAGUGGAUCAAGCAACCGAAGCCCUCAAACGUGUCAUUAGCUUUCUGUUUGGUAGCUAGUACCAGCUAACAAGCAUUUAAAGUUAUUGAGCUAACGGUAGCGAGAAGUUAACGACCUGCGUUCGUUGUUAGCGGUGUAUUUAAUGCUAAGCGACGCAGUUAGCCGAAGGCUAACUGGUGGUUAACGCCGUGGAACUUUUCUGAGUUGCUUCAAGAUGCUUGUUGAAUAGAUUUGACGGACAGUUUCUAGUAAAUCGAGGCCGUCGUUGUCAGCUAACAUAAAGUACCUGCAUAGAAACAGUGGUAAUCGUGCUUGUCAGGGUUUGGUGUAGCGAUGGCAGAAGAAAAUACACAAUUCUGUGGCAACUGCAAACAUGACAUUCCAGAGGCUAAUUUUACAACCCAUGAGAUCCACUGUCAGAGGAACAUCGCCCUGUGCGACGUGUGCCAGGAGCCAGUACCGCGAUCAGACCUGCAGGAGCACAAGCAGCUGGAACAUGCACGGAUCACCUGCAAGUGUGGUUUGAAGAUUGAAAAGAAUCACGCUGAUGUCCAUCAGAGUUCUGAAUGCUCUCUGAGGCUGAUCCCAUGCCAAUACUGUGAACUGGAACUUGCCUUCAGUCAGUCCAAGGAUCACGAGGAAUACUGUGGCACACGCACCGAGACGUGCCCACACUGCAAGUGCAAUGUAAUGUUGAGAGAACGUGCUGUGCAUCCAGUUUUAUGUGGAAGCCUCACGCCACCACAGGAGAGAAACAACAGCAGGAUGAGUCACAGUGCAGUAGAACCACAGACUCCAGAAGGAUGGUUUGAAGCCCACUCUAUUCGAAACGCCAUAAGAGCCCAGGAAAGAGGCCCCAAGAAUAACAACAUCACUGCAGCAGUACAGCAGACGUUUCCCCGGGGAUUUGAUCCUGAAGUCUACAGCUCUGCUAGUGGACCUCAAGGCACAGGGGACUGGAAGAAUCCUCCACAGAGAAAUACAUUUAGUGAUUUCCUGGGGCACAGCGAUUUUCUGAAUAGCAGCAGUGUGUGGCCUUACAGUGGGCAGGCCCAGGAUGAAGACUCCUCAGGCCUGGACUACAUGUUGGCUCUCAGCCUGCAAAGUGACGGAGAAUCAGUGGCUGGAGGUGUAGAGGGCAAGUGGAGUGACAUCUGGGACCAUGCAGCUGGGAAGACAUCUAACACCUCCAUAAACCCUUCCCUGCGUCCAACUAACAACAAUUACCCACAAUUUAUUGCAAGGACAAGCACAAGUUCAGUCCAGGACCCUGACCAAACAGAUACCAUGCUGCCUUGUGAGUUUUGCGAAGAGUUGUUUCCAGAAGAGGACCUCAUUUUGCAUCAGACUGGGUGCAGUCCCGCCUCUGCCUUUGCGUCUUUCAGUAAGCAGCCUUCGUCUCCACCUAAAGAGGACAGGAUGGGCAGGAAUGCCUCAAGGUUUAUGCACAGUGUCCCUGACACACUUGCAUCCAAUAUCCCCACUUUCCCUCGCUCAGUCUCUCCAGCCUCCUACAGUCCUCCAGCCAGUCCACUAGAGGGGGAUGUUGUCAUUCCAUGUGAAUUCUGUGGUGUUGCUUUAGAAGAGGCUGUGGUGUUUCACCAUCAGGACAAAUGCGAUAUGCGUCCUCAGGCUGUGCAUCCACUCAAUAAUAAAUCAAAUGUCAAAUGCCCUGCUGAAGACACAUUUGGGCAGUUGUCUUCAGAUUUUCAUAGAAGAAUAAAGCAGCAAGCUGAUGUUCUGGACAAGGACUUUGCUUUUGGCAGAGACAUAUCAACAGGACAGAACCUAAGGGUGUGGUCGAGAGACUUCACUGGACCAGGUCAAAGGGAGACGUUUAGCCCUGAUGUUUCUGCUCACAAUAUGUCUCAGCAAGGCCGGGAAGCAGAAGGGGCUCAUCCAUCUUUAUGCGAUCAAUCAGGACCAAGUCUCCCAGAAAAUAAAGACAUGAGAGUGAACAGAAGGAAUCCAAUGACAAAGUUUCCCAAGAAGCAGAAUGAAGAUCAGCAGGAAGAGUGAAAGCAGGGGCGUUUGAAGAGAUAGAAAAACCAAAUCUUCUAUUCUGCUUUUCAUUUCUCUUUUUGCACAUGUUUGAAAAUAAAUAUACCUAUUGUAUAAGUGCCUGUGUUAGUACUAGUAUGUUGACUUUUUGUACUACUAAUGAAUUUAAUUAUUCUCACAUUCAUUAAUUUCAACAUUUGUUUCUAAUGUUUGUAUUUCUAACAUUUGGCCUUAACACAAAUUAUAUAAAGGGUUUUAUUCACACUGAUUUCAAUACAAUGUUUUAAGUCGUUUAAAAUCGGUAUCAAACACAUACGUGUGUUUGUUGUCUGGCAUAAUCUUUACUUAGUUAUUGGAGCCAAGGACACUUGUGUUUUCAACCCUGUUCACCUGCGUUUCUGUCAUUUUCUGCCUCUUUGUGUAAUCUAAAGCACUUUGAUAAAUUAUUUUUGUUAAAAAGGGCUUAUGGAAUAGAUUUGGUAAUUUUAUGGAUCUUUGACCAAGAAGUUCUAAACUGUAUUAUUGAACAUUUGUCUUUUUAUAAUGUUUAACCUUUGUCGUUAAUAUUUCACAGUGAUAUCUUAAAGUUAUAUCAAUAGAAAUACAUAAAACAUUGGGGACAGAUUGCUCUUAAAGCUGUAUUUCCUGUUCAAUAUUUUUUAAGCAGUAUGAAGAUGUUGUUUUGUUCUGCUGAAUAGGAUUUAAACUUUCUUACGUGUAUGUUGUAUGUAAAAUGGGUCCAUUUUAAAAAUGCAUACAAAACCACAUUUAGUUGCAUCUGCAAACAUCCAGGAGCAUUUUGCUUUUUAAUAUCUAAUGAUGAAACGUGAUUAAGUACAGAGCUGGGACUAAUGAUGACAGUCAUCAGCUGUGGUAUUCCAGUUGACACAAUGGACCCUUCUUGUUUAUGAACAACUGUCUUCUGUGGUUAUUAAAUGUUUCUGAGAGAACAUU